AUGUACUGCAAUAUAACGACAAUAGAGUCCCAGGCACAGAUUAACUCCACCGUCUUCCACCUGGUUGAGAUGGUCAGCAUGUGUGUGAGCUGCACCUUGAACACAGUGCUCAGUGCUCCUCUGCUCCUGGUCAUCCCUCGCUCCCCGUCCCUCCUCAGACAGACUCGCUUCCUGCUCCUCAUACAACUCCUCUUCUGUGACAACCUCCAGGUGGACCUCCUCCUCAGUACUGCUCUGGCUGUGGACCGCGUCGUGGCUAUCAAGUGGCCCCUGCAUCAUGAUUUCUUGAUGCGCACACAAUGGAAAAGAGUGACUGUUGUAUCCAUAUGGACCUUACCAAUUGUGCUCACCACUGUGUCUUUGAUCAUCAGCCUCAGCACCAUCCAGGUCAGUUUCACCCUCCCCCGCUGUCGGCCUCUCAUCUUUACGCCCUGCCUGUCGGAGACAUCGGCUGUGAUACUCUACUCCACUGUGUGCACCGCUGUGGUGGUGCCUCUCUGCUACCUGAUCAUCCUGGGAUGCUUCUGCCUGCUCUGCUGGGACAUGCGUGUAGAGCUGCUCUGCACCGAGAGAGCUUGCGUGACUCUGACCCUCCAGGCCGUUCAGACCAUUCUCUUUUCGGUUCCUGUGCUCAUGGACAGCUACCUGAUCCCUGCAUACCUGCAUAGUGAUGCUCUUGACAUAGCAACCACCAUCACCUACAACGUGGGGGUGUCGCUCAUCCCUCUGGUCUACGGGUAUCGCUCUCGGGAGCUGCAGAAACGAAUCCAACAGGCUGCGCACAUGAACAAAGUCAACAACGAAAGUCAGUCUUAA